AUGGAGCGGGGCGGAGGCGCGGACGGUGCCGGCGCUGCGGGGGCUGGCGGCACGGCACCCCCCGAAAGCGAGGGCAGCGCAGCACCCGCAGCUCCCCAGGCUGCCCAGCCCCACGGGGGGACAGUGCCGGCCGCCACCGUGGCACAGGAGCGAGGCACAGGUGAGCCUGGAGGAGGGAAGACAGAGCCGGAGCAGGAGACAGCUCUGGCUGCUCCAGAGCCCCAGGAUGGACGGGAAGCAGCUCCAGGAGAGGAGGCUUCGGCUGUGCAGCGCGAUGGAGGGCAGGAAGCACCAGAUGAAGGACAGGCAGCAUCCACCGGGCAGAAAGUGCCGGCUGCCACCGAGGCCCAGGGUGCAAGGAAGGAUGAGAAAGAUAAACCUGGGAAGAAGAAAGAUCCAGCUGCAGGAGAGCUCAAAGGAGGAAAGGCUGCAGAUGCUGCAAAGGGUAAGGAUGGAGGGAAGGAUGAGCCCAUGGAGGGGAAGGGCCUGGCUGUAACUGAGGCGCAGGAUGGAGGAAAGAACAAGCCCAAGGAGAAGGAAACACCUGGUGGGUCAGGGUCUGAGAGUAGUGGAAAAACCGAGUCCACUGAGGAGAAGGCUCUGGCUGCAGGAAACUCUGAAGGAGGGAAGGUAAAACCUAUGGAGGAGACAGCCUUGGCUGCAGCGCAGGCUCAGGAUGGAGGCAAAGGAGAGCCUGCAAAGGAGAAAAUCACAGUGGUUGCUAAACAGGAGGUCCCAGCUGCUGCUAAAGCUCUGGAUGAAGGGAAGCAAGAUGCAAAGGCAGAGCAAGCCCCUGCUGAUACCAAGCCUGCAAAGGAGAAGACCACGGCUGCUGCAAAGGAGAAGGCGCCAAAUGCUGCAAAGGCUCAGAGUGGGGAGAAUAAAGUGGCAAAGGCAGAAAAAGCCCCAGCAGCUAAAAAGGCUUUGGAUGGAGGCAAAGAGGAGCCCGCGAAGGAGAAGGCUCCAGCUCCAGUGAAGGAGAAAGCCCCAGCUUCAGUGAAGGAGAAAGCCAUAAUUCCUGCAAAGGAGAAAGCCCCAGAUGCUGUUAAGGCUCAGGAUGGAGAGAAGGCAGCAGCAAAGGCGGAGAAAACACCAGCUGAAAAAAUGACUCAAGGUGGAGGCAAAAAAGAGCCUGCAAAGGAGAAGUCACCAGCAGCUGUGAAAGUGCAGGAUGGAGGGAAGAAAACUGCAAAGGUGGAAAAAUCCACCGUUGCAUCAAAGGCUGGGGAUGAAGGGAAAGAUCCUAAAAAGGAGAAGGUCCCAGCUGCCACAAAGGCUCGGGAUGGAGGGAAGAAAGCUGCAGAGGUGAAGCCUCCCACACCUGGAGCAGAGGCUGGAGAUGGGGCUGCAGAGCCCACGGAGGCAGCGGCCAUGGCUGUUGUGGAGGCUCAGGGUGAAGGGAAGGAAGUGUCCAAGGGGACAGAGGGACAGGCACCAACGACCCCCGAGCCCCCGCGCCCGGCUCUGCUGCAGAGCCUGAGCUGCCCGGCUGCCUGCCACAGGGAGGAGCAGCCCUGGGCAGAGGUGGCAGAGAUGGAGACAAUAGAAGAGGAGACCACGAUGGUGGAGCCAAAAGAGGGUCUGACAGAGCCUGGCUCUGGCCCAGCAGCCCUGGGGGAUCUGCAGCCCCCUGGCACCCCUCAGGAGAGGACAUUGCCCAGUGCCACAGGGCAGCCCCCGGAUCCCGCUGGGGUGGCAGAGCAGCCGGGACCUGGGGUGCAACCAUCUUCGACAGAGGCAAAUCCACCCCCCAGCCCCUACCUCACCCCCGAUUUUGGGAAGGAAGACCCUUCUGAGAUAUUGGACGACAUCCCUCCGCCGCCAGCGCCCUUCGCUCAUCGCACCGUCACCCUGCGCUCCGCCAGCGUCAGCUCCCAGUUCAGCCUCAGCUCCAAGGACAUCCUGGGGGGGGGCAAGUUUGGUGAAGUUCACACGUGCACGGAGAAGGAGACGGGGCUCAAGCUGGCAGCCAAAGUGAUUCGGAAGCAGGGGGCGAAGGACAAGGAGAUGGUGCUCCUGGAGAUCGACGUGAUGAACCAGCUGAACCACCACAAUCUCAUCCAGCUCUACGAUGCCAUCGAAACGCCCCGGGAGAUCAUCCUCUUCAUGGAAUUUGUGGAGGGCGGUGAGCUCUUUGAGCGGAUCAUCGACGAUGACUACCACCUGACGGAGGUGGACUGCAUGGUGUUCGUCCGGCAGAUCUGCGAGGGCAUCCGCUUCAUGCACCACAUGUGCGUCCUCCACCUCGACCUCAAGCCUGAGAACAUCCUCUGUGUCGCUACCACUGGGCACAUGGUGAAGAUCAUCGACUUUGGGCUGGCUCGAAGGUACAAUCCCAAUGAGAAGCUGAAAGUGAACUUUGGCACCCCCGAAUUCCUCUCCCCUGAGGUGGUCAACUACGAGCAGGUCUCCUACACCACGGACAUGUGGAGCAUGGGCGUCAUCACCUACAUGCUGCUCAGUGGCCUCUCCCCCUUCUUGGGUGACGAUGACACCGAGACACUCAACAACGUCCUGGCUGCCAACUGGUACUUCGACGAGGAGACCUUUGAGAGUGUCUCCAAUGAGGCCAAGGACUUCGUCUCCAACCUCAUCAUCAAGGAUAAGAGUGCCCGGAUGAGUGCUGACCAGUGCCUGCAGCAUCCCUGGCUCAAUAAUCUGGCAGAAAAGGCCAAACGCUCCAACCGGCGGCUCAAGUCCCAAGUGCUGCUCAAGAAAUACGUCAUGAGGAGGCGCUGGAAGAAAAAUUUCAUCGGGGUGUGCGCUGCCAACCGCUUCAGGAAGAUCACCAGCUCGGGGUCCCUGACAGCGCUGGGCAUCUGAGCCGAGCUCCCAGGGGAGCCGAGGCCAGAAAGGAACCACCGGAGAGGGACCCCCACCAGUCUGGAGCAGCUCUGUCCAGCGGGUCCCACUGCGCU